GUUCAUUUGUCUACUCCCUCACUCACUUGUGCUGGUGAACGUAUCCAGCAGGAUGUCUUACUACGAGCAGUGCAAGCAGCCCUGCCUGCCCCCUCCCAUCUGCCUGCAGAAAUGCAGCCAGAGUGUGGAGCCCUGCAGCAACAUCUGCGUGAAGCCGUGCCCAACACAAUGCGUGGAGGUCUGCCAGAACCCCUGUGCCUCUGAGUGCACCACGUGCUGCAGCACCCAGUGUGUGGAGCCCUGCAGCACCCAGUGCAGCACUCAGUGUGUCACCCAGUGUGUGGAGCCUUGCAGCACUCAGUGUGUCACCCAGUGUGUGGAGCCUUGCAGCACUCAGUGCAGCACCCAAUGCGUGGAGCCUUGCAGCACUCAGUGUAGCACCCAGUGCGUCACCCAAUGCGUGGAGCCUUGCAGCACUCAGUGUGGCACCCAGUGUGUCACCCAGUGUGUGGAGCCUUGCAGCACCCAGUGCACCACUCAGUGUGUGGAUGUCUGUCCCCCUACAUGCGUCGAUGCCUGCAUCAAGCCCUGUGCCACCCAGUGCCCGACGCAGUGCCCGGUUCCAUGCGUGGAGCAGUGCAGCACCCAGUGCAGCACCAAGUGCGUGGAGCCCUGCCCAGCACCGUGCGUGGAGGUGUGCACCAAGAAGUGUGUGGAUACAUGUGAGACCGUGUGCCUGGAGCCAUGUGGCACCGUCUGCACUCGUCCAUGCUAAUUGCCUUCAUUGCAUGGGCCUUGCAGGCAGCCCCUGUGCUUUGGUGUACUGCAAUACCUGCAGGCUCAUGAGCACCCAGGGAAUGAAAUACAGAUGACAGACCUACCUGCGA